UCCAUUUUUUCACCUACUUUGCAUUCUCUUCUGCUUUAUCUAGGUUUUCAAUUUUGUUUUUGAAAUUCCUAGUCAUUUUCUUUAUAUAACCCUCUCUUCUUAUUCUUCUUAUCAUUCCUUUUAGCAAACAACUUUGAAAGAAUAUAUUCUCAUGGUUGCUUUUUUAUUUCAAGAACCAACAAUCAACCAUUCUUUUUCUGCACCAUGAACAACCAUUUUAUUCUUUCCUUUUUUAAAUAAAAUAAAUAUUCUUUUUUCACUUUCACUAGAAAAUCAUAACAUGUAAUAGGUGGUAGUAGAAUGAAACCCUUCUUUGAAUUUUAAUCUCCUUCUUAGCUUUCUCUUCUUCUUGUUUGGUGACUAUGGAAACUAGGGUUCUUGAUGGUAUAAUCAAUAGGUUGCUUGAAGUUAGAGGAAAACCAGGGAAGCAAGUCCAACUUUCUGAGCCUGAAAUAAGACAGCUUUGUCUUGUUUCUAAAGACAUCUUCUUGAUGCAGCCCAUUUUGUUAGAGCUUGAAGCACCUAUUAAGAUCUGUGGAGACAUACAUGGCCAGUAUUCGGAUCUGUUAAGGCUGUUUGAAAAUGGCGGCUUCCCUCCUCGUGCCAAUUACUUAUUCUUAGGAGACUAUGUAGAUCGUGGCAAGCAAAGCCUGGAAACCAUAUGUCUUCUCCUUGCAUACAAGAUCAAAUACCCUGAAAACUUCUUCCUUCUAAGGGGCAACCACGAGUGCGCGUCCGUGAACCGCAUCUACGGAUUCUACGACGAGUGUAAACGAAGGUUCAAUGUCCGGCUCUGGAAAGCAUUCACCGAUUGUUUCAACUGCCUUCCCGUCGCGGCCCUGAUCGAAGAAAAGAUAUUCUGCAUGCACGGUGGACUGUCCCCAGAGCUUCGCAAUUUAGACCAGAUUCGAAACUUGAAACGGCCUACUGAUGUCCCAGAAUCCGGCUUACUAUGUGAUCUCCUAUGGUCUGAUCCUAGUAAAGAUAUCCAAGGCUGGGGGCCUAAUGAUAGGGGUGUUUCAUACAUAUUUGGUGCUGAUAGGGUGCUUGAUUGUCUAAAAAAACUUGAUCUUGAUCUAAUAUGCCGUGCACACCAGGUCGUCGAAGACGGAUACGAAUUCUUCGCCAACAGGCAACUCGUAACCAUAUUUUCAGCACCAAAUUAUUGCGGAGAGUUCGACAAUGCUGCCGCCAUGAUGAGUGUAGAUGAAACAUUGAUUUGUUCUUUCCAAAUAUUAAAGCCUGCAGCUAAGAAACCGAAAUUCGGGUUUGGGACAUUCACAUCAACUAAGUCUCCUACACCUCCAUCUAGAAUCAAGUCAUUUCUUGGAGCCAUGGUAUAAUGAUGGCUACCAUUGGAUAUGGGAAGAAUUGCAAAGUAAAAACUGGAAAUCUGGUGAUUUCUAGGAGCAUUUUUAUGAUUGGUAUAAGGUAAAUUUGAAAUAGUUUUUUUUUUCAAUGUAUUGACCCUUUUGUAAAAUAAUAGUUUAACAGAGUCCCCCUCUGUUCCUCUUCUUUCAUCUCUGUAUUUAAGCUUUUGGGUUUUUGUAUUGUAAUCAAUGAAUGAAAAUGAAAAGAGGGAUUGGUGACUA